AUGUGUAUCCUGCUUGUCACCACCGCGCAUCCAGAAUACUCUUUGAUACUUCUCUCUAAUAGAGAUGAAUUCCUCCACCGUCCUACCGCGCGUGCAGCUUUUUGGGAGGAACCCAACUCACACAUCUUAUCGGGUCGAGAUCUGGCCCGUCCUGAACGAGGUACAUGGCUUGGCAUAACCCGCACCGGCCGUCUCGCAGUGCUUACAAACUACCGCGAACCCACUUCUCUUGCAGCACUGGCUGAGAAGUCCCGGGGUGCUAUGGUUACUUCCUUCCUUACUUCUACCACAACUGAUUCCUCCACUUCCGAAUGGCUGCACUCCCUGCAUGCCACGGGGGACCUACACGGCGUCGGUGGAUUCUCUCUUCUUUGCGGGAUCCUCCGUCCUAAGGAUAUCGCACUCGGAACUCUCCAACCACUUGCUGUGAUUUCUAACCGUACGCCGGCCGGAGACGACGGGGUUGAAAACGGUGCAACUUGGAUAGCCGGCGAGAAAGGAGAGACAUGGGGGCUUAGUAAUUCUUUAUUCGGGGACCCGUGGCCGAAGGUGAAGAGAGGGGAAGGUAUCUUAGCUGAGGUUGUAGAUACCGCAGUCAAAGAAGGAAAAAACGAAGAGGAGUUGUUGGAGAGUUUAUUUGGCGUGCUGAGUUUUGAUACUUUGCCGAAACUGAGCAGGGAUAUGGAUGCACAUCCGGCGGAUAUGACUCCAAUCACAGACGAAGACCUAGCAAAGGCUAAUAUUCAAACUCAAUGGUGGCGCGACCGAAAAUAUGGAACCCAGACUCAGACAAUCAUACUUGUGGGUCAGGAUGGGAGGGUGAAGUACGUAGAGAGGACAUUGUUUGACGAUCAAGUCAGGCCGCUAAAGAAAGAGGAGAGAGAUGUUGUAACUGAGUUUAUGAUUGAGGGUUGGAAUGAGUAG